GAGCCGUAACGUCAACAUUAUUAGCAUAGCCUGGUAGCAUUUAGUUUCACCAUUUAUUUGAAAGUCGUCAAUGCGGACCUGUGUUACUACGUUCUGUUGAGGAUCUUCGUAAAGUCUUCGUCCUAAGACGAUUCUCUUCUACGGUUUUCCAAAGGUCUUGACUUUUUUAAAAUGGUAUUCGAGUGAACAGCGAGCUUUCAAGACCCUGGGAAGUGAAGGUAAAAAAAAUUAUUUGCUUUAAUCGUUUUUUAUACUGGCUGAUAAAGUGACUCACGCAAACCGUACAAUGGCGAGAGUACAGUAUUUAGCGGUAUCGGUCAAGGUUUAUCGAAGGUGUAAGGCUCAAACUCUCGCUUACGUCGAUAUUUCGGUAAGUAGUGAAAUCAUAAGUGAAUUGGUCUAAGUGAGAUCUGUUGUAAACUCAUAAUCUUCGACAUGGAAAGGUGAUUGAUCGUGUUUUUACGUGUAGGUGGUUCCUUGGCUUGUAAGUGUUUUUCAUCACGCACGGGAAGUCGCUGUUUCUUUUUUUUAGUUAUUUUUCUCGAUUAUAAUCUCCAUCGAUAUGAACUUGAAGUUUAAAUCCGUUGACACAGUUCAGACAGUUCACUUUCAGUUUUGCGGUGACUCGUUCUCCAAGAUGGGACCUUGCGUCUGACAGAAAUAAUAUAGCGUCACUUUUUUUCGCUUCGUAUAACUUUCCAACGCACAGCAACUCGUUUAUAAAAGGUUAUGAAAUAAUUUUUGCUGUGAACUACGCGCUAAAAAUAGCGUGGUGUGAGACUUCUUUGCCUCGCCUUGCUGAACAUUUAUACACGCUCCGGCAAGGCUUAUUGCGUGUAAUACAGCCAGUUACGCUCGUAUAUUUCAACCUUUUAACUGCCGGGUGUACAAAAAACAAACAAACAAAAAAACAAAAAAACAAAAAUCCAUCUAAAUGUUGCGUUUACCUCCGAUCCUGGAAAUAUCGUGUUGAGUUAGAAUGCUUGCAGUCCCUUAGGAUUGUCACGCAAGCGACGCGACGGAAGCAUGUUGACGUGCGAGUGAGCGAGGCAAACGCGCGAGGAGAAGGCGAAGAAACAAUUGGUCAGUUUGCAAUGCACUUUGUGGAAUACGUGAAAUCACGUCCUGGCCUCUCAGUAAGUCCAGACUUUCCAUCUUUUAAAUUUUAGGAACUUAUAGCUCAUUCUCUCUUUUAUUCACCUAUUUAUGAUUUUAUGUUUUCGGGUUGACUGCGGCCACCUCGCGAUUACGACACCCCAGUAGUUUACAGACAGCAACUAAAUCCACACACAACAGACAUUUCACUGAAUCCCUUUUGUCGUAAUUACGACACUCUAAACCAAGUCGUGGUUCCUUGGUUGUCCCCAAUUUAAAUUAGGGAUUUACUAUAAAAUAACGCGAUCAACCUAACUGCAAUGACUUUGUCAUAAAAAAAAAAGAAUUGAAAAAGGCUGAGUAGGACUGAAAAAAAUUGGGCACGCUCACUGUAUUCAGUCGGGGAUCGGGUCCGAUUAAAGAUUGAACCUCAGUACGUCUGAUCUCCUCUCAAGAUUCUGCAAAAGUGUUUACAGGAUUAACAAAAUAACAAAAUGCUAUUUUGGGCUUUUUAUCGCGACCUCGUUAUUUCAAACUGUUUGCAUUUAGGUGUUCAUCCUAUGAAACCAAGAGACUAUAAAGGGGACAGAGAGGGCAUCCCCCAUAUACACCCUAUUCCAUAGGUAAUUCGUCUCGAGUUAUUUUUAACACCACAGAUCCCAAGGGGGAUUAGACAACAGCCAAUCACAUAGCGCGAAUGUAUUCCGCGUGGAUGACCCACGCUGAGAGCCAAGCGUCCCUCACGAAAUGACGCAGAACAAAAUGGGGGAAGACGUGGAGAGCGAUUUUGCUAUUCCUUUUGUCGACGAAAACGACUACAGCGAGAUUUCUGCGAAAGCUGUGUCAGCGAAACCGAAAUUAAAAAAGAAUCGCCCUUCCUCUCUUGUAUAGAGCUAACAGUAGAGCAGGGAAAUCCUUAACACACUGAAUAUUCUCUCAGGAUCAUUUAUAAUUUACAGUUUGAAGAGAGCAAUUUCUGGUUUGAUGUUUAUUUUUUUCAGUCUUUAUAGUGAUUAUUCCUACCCACUUACUUUGUCAAUUGUAGGCGAACCCUCCUAAAGCUGAAUUUCAAGGGACCAUAUCAUAUUCAAGCUCAGAAAGAGAAAAUUUCGUCGUUGCUUAUUUACGUCCUCCAUAAAACGCGAAAUUAGGCAUUUUCACGUCGUAGUCGUGCAAAAACGGGAAAGAAAUGAACAAAAAAAAGUGUGUUGCACGUGCGAAGUUGUUGUUUUGCUAAUUAAACCUAUUGUUUUUUUUGACGUUCUAGUUGUCGUCCGCGUCGUUGGAUCUUAAACUCCCUAAAUUGUACAAACGACCGGUUUCAAUAGACCGCCGAAAUUUCUCAUUUUAUUAAAGCACUGAGGUUACGACAACUUCGAGUUAAACUGAUUUCACGGGUUGUCUAAGAGUCCAGCGAUUCCUUUUUUCCAGGUGAGCGCCGACUCAUUUCGCUUCAAUAUUCAGGAAUGCUCUCGAUCUUUUUACGCUUUCAUUGCCUCUCGCCCGACAUGUUUUGCACGGCGUUUGGUCAUGCGAAAUCUCCACGAAACAUCCACGCCUCGCGCGAGGUAACUUUAUCUCGAUUCUAAAAAUAACUCGAGACGAAUUACCUAUGGAAUAGGGUGUAUAAGGGGGAUGCCCUCUCUGUCCCCUUUAUAGUCUCUUGUAUGAAACCCAGUCAACAGAGCCUCCUUUGGCCGUCUUCCGCGCUGAGUACGUACGCCAAAAUCGAGCAUCCGCUUGCAGGGUGACCCGAUAACUAUAAGGUGCAUAUUGAAAGAACUGUACGUCGAAGGCAUGACUGACUUGCUUUCUCCUCCGGUCUUCUUACUUACUGCCUGAUGCAGCAAUGUUUGUUCAUUCUGGAACUUGAAUGAGUUAUCGUUUCUGAAUAUUUAUUGUCUGAGUAAACAUUGUGGCGAUUUACUAAGCUCCCUUUGAGAGGCAGAAUUUUAUUGAUCGAACAAAAUAAUUAAAAGCAAUGCCGAAGCGUGACCGAAGAUACUGCCGGCGGGGUCAGAUCUGGGAGUGGCUCGGUUAAGCUCCGAAACGUGUCAAGUAUUAAUACUGAAAAAACGGAAAGGCGUUUGCAUAAGAAAAGAGUUUAACUUCCCGAGGACUGCUUCGGAACACCAAUAUGGCCGCCGUGACGUCAUGUGAAAACGCUCUAUAUUGAGCUAUACUAUUAAAAACUGAAUCAUUGGAUAAUGCAAUUUUAGAGCUCUGAUUGGCUUAGCCAUAUGAGCCAUUAUACCAUGCUCUCCAAUUAUGGUAUAACUGUACGCGUCUGUUCAAAAUUAAAAACAAGCUGAAAAUCGGUUGUGUUUACAAACGCGCCUCGUUGGCUAUAAUCAUCUCAUAUCUUCAACGCGCACUCGUGGAAUAAUUGUUUUAAAAGAGAUAUACUAGAUGUCAGUCUUGCUUAUAGACUCGUAAGUGACCUAUUAUUGAGUGGAGACACUGAAAAAGAGGCAGAUGUGAACUAAAAACGAAUCCGUAUACACUUACGAAAAGCCAAUUAUGUUGAGAACAACGUCUUGGUUUGCAGGCAGAAUAGCUCAUAGAAAUAAAAUUAGAUUUUUUGAGAGCCUCGUUUCCAGUUUAAGGAUUCUCCAGCUAUUCUCACAAUCUUGGAAUCGUUCUUCUGUUGUUUCCAUAUAUGGAUUUCCCGCCAUUUUGUUGAACGCUGCGCAAAAGCUCGGCAUCAGUCCGACGUCAUACAUGUUUAUCAUCUGUAAAGUGUGCUGAAAAUCCUUUUAAUGCGAUUGAUAUCCUCCACUUCUUCGCAAGAAAGACGUGACUAAUUCUGUCCUAAAGAUCAUUCCUUGAGUAAGUUAUCAAUACUUUUAAAAUAUGUGACGAAAUGUAACACGAAUCUGAGACGAAAGAGCCGCAACAAGCCGAAAAGCUGAUGGAUCAUCGAAUGGUUUUAGAAUAUUUAUGCAAACAAAAGCUUCAAUGCCAACUCUUUUUAAUGCUAACUUAGAUCGUAGAUGAAAACCCCUGGCUGAUCUUUAGGCUUAUGCUUUAGCUGCGCCAGGAAUUUUUUGUGCUUCAAGAUUUACAGCCGGACUUUGUGUUGAAAUUUUCAAAAACUUUAUAGGGUAAACUAAAGAAAGUUUGGCUUAUAGUUUUUUAACUCCAGUUUCAAAGUGUAAUACGGGCGUUCAUAAUUCCACACUGCGUGGCUUAUUUGAUAUCUUCAUCGUUUGAGAGUUCUAAAACCUGACCGCAAAUAGUUAAAAGUCAGAAAGAAGUCUUCAAGCCGUCUUCUAACACAAAAGGACGAGAAAUCUCGCGCAACACUCAGUUCAGAACGGAUCGCUCGACUUGUUUUCUUUUAGAAAUCCGUACCGAAAAUAGGCUUCCAAAAUGUCACCUUAAAUAUGCCAAACCGAAUUAUAAUAAAAAGAAACUACGAGUGUCAAACCGCUAACAAACUAUAAGUGCGUUCAGAGAUUCGACCAUACGUUCCACCUGUAUUGAACGGUCAACAAGUAUGGUUCAAAAGCUAAAAGAGAUGGCAAAAUGAAACUGUGUAUCUAAAUAGAAAAAAAGGUGCAGUCUACUUUUGUCAAUAUAAAACGCACAUUAAGUUUACUCAAGAUUUCAAGUUCUUAAACUGAAUAUUUAGCCAUAAUUAAUGACAUAUUCCUUGGCAGGCAUCUGUCAGAUAGUUGACUUUAAUAGUUGAUAUCCUUGUAAGCACAGACUCCUCAGCCCGGCCUCUUAUGAGACGAUCUAACCUGUUCUCCGGUUUGUAUUUUGAUGAUUAUUGUCAGCUAGACUUGCCUACAUGUCGAGGUCAAAUUUUUUCACGAGCGCGAAGCGCGACUGGUAGAUUUUUUAUGUUUUCUGCUGCAAAAGCGAGCGAGAGAGCGAGAGCUUCGCGCUAGGACCAAUUACUGGAACCGGAAAUCUGAGAAGCGAAGGACUUUGAGAAAGACUAAUUUUCAUCGUGAGUCUCCGUAGUUAGUUAAACAGCUUUCGCUAUAGAAUGAACAUCUCUGCUUGUCCAAUGAGAAUCUCCUUCAGUCAUUCGGGGCUCAAAAUUAAAUUAAUUCCUCUUCUUCCACUAGAAAAGCUUUGCCAGUAACUUUUCUUUCUCUUAUCAUUUCUAGAUUUCCUCUGGAUUUCUUGUCGUCGAGAUGGAGGGCCUCGCAUAGUCGUAAAUGUCACGGUUUUUUAAUACUCUUCCACGCAAAAAAGUUGACAAAACGGCUUAAGUAGAACGCAGACAGACAAGCACUAGUUUAAAAUAUUCAUGCGUUUGCCCUUUAAACCCAAACGUCAAAAUUUACAUUCUCAUUUGUUGUCCGUAAACGUUUUCAAUAGAGGUAGUGGGGAGAAUUUGUUGACGUAUUAGUUAGACUUACAUGUAUCUUCUGCGAUCAUGUCCGUAAUUCUCAUGACCACUCUGUUUUGUAAAACUUUGAUAUUACAAUGAGAAACUUCAUGCUGAUCACCCUCAGGGCUUAUUAAAAUAGUAAAUAUAAAAGACAGCAGCCGCUGACAUGAGACUUAUUAUUUCCCCAAUAAUUCAGGCCCACAAACUGGUUUUUGACCGGAGAGGUUUCAUUGUUUUCUCAGGGGCGGACCAAAUAAGUGCGUUUGGAUCAUUUCAUUUCGUUCUUAGUUUAUGUUUCGCUAUUAAUGUAAAGGUAGACUUUCUCAAAGUCCUUCGCUUCUCAUUUCCGGUUCCGGUAGUUAGCUCUCCCGCUCGCUUUUGCCGCAGAAAACAUAAAAAAAGUCUACUGCUCGCGCUUCGAGCUCGUGAAAAAAUCUGGGCUCGACUUGUAGGCGAGUCUAAUGUAAAGGCAGUCAGUGCUAAUUACAGACACAUGAAAGCGCUGCAUUUUUAUUGAACAGCUGUUUCUUGUCCAAGUAUGGAGUAGACGAGAAGGCUAUAGCGUUACAGAGUUACAGCAAACAACUCUGGACUAUCAUAGUGAAUGUCAUACGUCGAACGUCAUACAUUAAUGUAAGGCUCCGUUUACAUGAAGAACACUUGUCUCGAAUAAAAGAAUCAAUCGCUUACUCGACCUACCCUGAGCUCGCCAUAUUUUCAUUCAUUUCUUUACAAAACGUUAACUCGGCUAGAAGGGUGCCUUGCCUGGCUUGAUCACCCUUUCGCGAUGGUAGGGUUACCGUCCAAGCCGGGCUAUCUUCUGCUCCAUUUAUUGUACCCUUUGGCCCAACUAUACACGAGCGCCAGAUUCAUACCCAAACUUCUCUGUAUGCACGGUGAUUGAUGGGAAGGAUUUAGUGAUAUUCCAAUGCCAGACUAAAUAAGUGGCGACUGAUCGCGAGCGCUGUUGUCAGCCGCCCGGCUAGUUCAGGAAAAGUGUUGGUCUGCCGCGCGGGAGGCCGCUGGUUCAAACCCCAGCCGCACCAACAUUUAGGCUCUUCUACUAAGGAAAAAGUGCUGCCUUUUUGUAAAGACUUUUGCAAGUGGUUAGACUUUCUAAUGUUUUCGGAUAAGGACGAUAAACCGUAGGCCCCGUCUCAAAAACCUUGCAGAUGUAAAUUCUGUAGGACGUUAAAGAACCCAUGUACUGUUCGUAAAGGGUAGAGGAUGUAGUCCCUUGUGUGGUGGUCUAUCUCUCAUGGGUGAGGGACUGUCUGCAUUAAUUGGCGUCACUAGGGCCACAGACCCUGUCAAGAAUUGGGGAACGUAAUUAUAAACAAUUAUUGGAUGAGGUUUUUGUGAUAUCCGGAAUAAUCAAGGUCGAGGUAAGUGUUAUCAGCCAAAGCCGAAGGCUGAGGCUGAUAACACUAACCGAGAUAUCACCAAAACCGAAUCUAAUAAUUGUUUUAUUGUACAAGCCAUUCUUAUUUUUUUUAUUAUAGAAGCCAUUCUUACUUCGCUGUCCGCGAACUUGACAUUGCUGUCCGUGCACUUGACGUUGCUCUUGGAAAUCAUGCAUUGCGCGCCCAACCUACAGAUUAUUCACUAAUCUGUAGGUACAGAUUAGUGAAUAAUCUGUAGGUUGCGCUGUUUCCCAGAAUUAACUGUAGGCUUUUAGCCAAUGAGAAGACAGAUGGUGACUACAAUGUAUAAUAAAUUAACUUAACUAGAAAUAUUAAAGUUAUCGGUAAAUUAGCUGUUGACUCGGGAAAAAGGCACCAACUCUUUUCACAUAAAAACGUUCUCUAAAGUUGGCUUGGCUAGGAGAGUGACCAUCUUUACCGGGAAGGACGAGCCCUAAGUCGAAAGGACUGAUAACAGUUUCAACAUACUAAGCUCGACCAUGUUGCUGUUGUAUUUCUGCCUUGUUUCUGUUGUUUACUUGGUGAGCAAAUGACAAAGUGACAGCAAAAUCGAAAAAAAAGAAUUUAUCCUUGGACACGCUAAAAAAUGAUUGGCUUGUAGUCUCCAGGUAACUGACGAGUGGUUGGGCAAAAAUGUUUCGACUUGUUUUUACUGUACACGUUUAUAUACUAGUAAAGUGAAAUCAAUUGCAAAUAUCGUCUCUCUUAAAUCCCUUUUUGAGUAUUAAUAGGCUGGUAGGGAAAAACCUUGUUUUACGUUCGGUUUCGCAGUGGUGGGAAAAUAUUUUCUCUUUGUAGCGUUAUGUUGUUAUUAAUUUUCACACUCAGUGGAAACCCUCUACGCGAGGUUCUUCUAGCAAGGAACUGUAUUUGCUUGGUUUGAUUUUAGUUUUAUUUGGGUCUUCGGGACACUGAUCUCUUUUAGUGCGCUAGUGUGAAAGAUCGGUUCAAAUCUGUCGGAAACAUCAUGAUGAGUAAAGUCAAGACGUCAAGAAGGUUAAUUAUUUAAUUAUUAAUUGAUCUUUUUCCUUGAACUGAAUCUAUAAUGAAUCUUUUGUUCUUCACAACAGAACGUAUGAAAAUUUAUUUUGGUUUUUUUGUCUUUGAAUUGAAAUGGCAAGCGUAAGGUUAUGUUUACCUCUGACCUUAUUUCAACAGACUCGUAAGACUGCGGAGUUUUGAAAGCGUAUCGAGAGCGUAAGAUUUGUGUUCAUCUUACAAAACUGCACAAAAAUCGCGGCCCAACAAAUUCUACUGUUUCACCUAAUAUACUGAGCACUAUUUUCAAUUUUCCAGCUGUCGCAGUAACGUUAGUUCACGUGUUAUUUGUUUUGAAUUAAACGCGUAAACCAGCUGUAUUUGAGAUUUCUUUUUAGGUGUGACGGACUUCUCAUCAGUUUCUUCUGAUUGAAUUGCUAAUAUUUCUGUAUUCGUUUAUUUUCCAGACUACAUAACUGACACGUCAAUAUAAAGGGUUCAACGAGAAAAUCACUUUCAAGGGUAAGUGGAUUAUUUUUUAAUUUUUUUUUGUCGCUCAGAACGUUUGGAGACUUUUUGGAGAAGCCAAAUGGCUAAAACCCUGGCUUUGAAUAUGCCUUCAGUUAUACUUAACAAAAGAUUUGACACUGACUUCUUUUGAGAAAUUUUAAUCUGUUAUUUAUCAUCAUUUAUACCGAAAUAAUACAAAAUAUCUUGAUUUAUAUCCUGAUGGCUAUACAAGUGGAACCUCAGUCGAUAUAACGAAGGGCCAAGGGCCUUUGGCAAAAUGUGUUCGUUAUAACGAGGUUUCGUUAUAAGAGUUCUUUUCCAUAUAUUUUACUAUUACUGAGGGACCAUAAACCCCUCACGCUGAGAUACUCCCCAGUAUUGCACUCAUACACAACACUGACUAUAUACCAUAACGGACAAGCCCAGAAGUGAGUUUUCACUUAUAGGAUCUCUGCUGAUGAUGACAAUAUUGUUGGUUAUAGGAGCCUAUGCAUGACCACUCAUGGGCUCCUGGGUUAGUAUAUUGCACCGUCAUGCAUGGUCUUUACGGCAUCCCUAUCGCUACAUUGCGUGUGUUUGAAGUCAACGUCCUUACGUUAUCAUUGCUAAAGCACCUGAAAUAAAUUUCGUCCCAUUUAAAAGCCCUUCCAAAUAUAUGCGGUUGCCUCUUAAAGAAGGACUUUGAAAAGUGUGAGAACUGAGGCUUAUUUAGUUUGCGGGACUUAACGAUGGUGCUUAAUCAUUCGAUGCAAGUGUAAAUUUCUCUUCCUUUUCAUUGGCCGGGAGCCCACCACGUGACCUCCAAAUUACUGCCUACGAAUAAUGGUCUACUCAUGCGCAAAGUCAUCCAACUGUUUUUAGCUGAAAAUAAUAUUCUGCUCAUGUGUUAAUGACACUACGCUUUUUUCCAGCUUGUGAUCGGUCUUGCAUGAAAAUGGCCGAUCUUCCAAUCCAUGAGUUUAUUCAUUAAGAACAAACUCGGUGAGUUUUCGAGGUGGGCAGUGGGCAGUGUUGAUGUACAAAGACAAACAUUUAAAUUUAUCUUAAAUUCUGCAACAGAAAACAAGUGUUUUAUAUAAAUCAGCAGUGGUUUCGUUUCAGACCUCAAAUCAUAUUUUCUAAAUCCUGCCACUCGGAAUGCCGAGAACCAUUUGAUUUGCCAACCGGAAUCUCCUGUUUUUCCAUGCAAAUGUUAAAUACUUGACUGGUCACUCAUGAAAUCGUGAAAUAUGACAGAGAAAACAACGCUUGCUAGACUCAAUUUAUUUACCAUUAAACACGGAUAAACUGAAGAAUUUUUCUCCUUAUUGCGAUUGUUCAUAGUAAGUUAUCAGUAAGGUGGAAAAAAUAACCUAUUACCAAAGGACGGAACAUUGUAUACUUUUUCAGAAAACAGUGGCUGAAAUUUUGACUUUUUAAGUUUACACAUGAUUUUUAUACGAGUUUCCACUUUAAAUACCGUCUACAAGUUUUCGAUAUUGAAAAUAUCUCCUCGUUUAAGUAUAAAUCAAGGAAGGAGUUUUUGUUUUUGUUUAAUAAAUAUAGUUACUAUUAACAGGCCUAGCGUAAUUUUUUCAGCAAACGAGAGGCUCUUUUAUUUUUUUUCAUAUAAAUAUUUAACAUUGAGAUUUGAUAGCAAAUCAUCCAAACAUAUUUUAAUAUCAUAUACUUUCUGGCGAAAACAAUUAUUCAGACCUUUUUAAAUAUGAAAAUAAUACUCUCUGCAGAAUAUUUUGACGCUUAAGUACCAGAAAGAAAGGAUGGUUGUAUUUUGGAAAAAAAACUCUGCAGACAGCAGCUCUUAAGUAACGAACUUUUUCAACACACUUGUAACUACUUCCAUGAUUUUUGAACAUGCUGGGGCCAAUUUCCAAAUAUAACCGGCUACAGGAGAAACUUGACGUGCAUACUGCAAGCCAAUAAGCGUGCUGCAAGCGAUAAAAAAAAUAUUCAUAGCACCAGACAGGUGCAUGAGGCUAAACUUGCUUGCAUGCUAAUUUUUAUACACGUGCAUUUUUGUUAGUGUUCUCCGCUGGAUCCAGCUCGAACGAACGAAAUACUAUUCUCAGAGAUCUGGGAGCCAUGAACUGGAGAAAAGUAGAAGCGAUUCUCUUGCUCGGAAUUCUAUCAGCUGUUGCAAUGAAUGUAAGGUAUUGUAAACUGAUAUUUCUCUGCGAGGUCCGGGCGAGUUUCUCGAGCUUGUAUUACAUUUUGAUCAGGUGGUUGCGAAUUUGAUCGUUCGGUUUCUGCGCAAUGAAACAGUCUGGAUGUUUUUUUUAAGCAGGUGGAAUACAUUCGAAGGUAAAAAUGUUUUGAUGGUCAAGGAUCACGAUUCACCCGUGUAAAUGACAGUGGUAGAAAUGAUCUCUGAGUUUAGCAUAUGUUAUACAAAUCGACUGAGAAAUAUAGCAUGAAAACGGGUUGGGAAUUGUUUGGCCCUUGCAGUUGCAUGAUGGACCUCCACGAUUAUAAGAUUCGUCAAUUGUUCUGUUGCUCAAACGUAUAAACGCAGAGCGAAAAAAGUUGUAUAUAUUUAUUCCUUUCAAGGAUACACAGACUCCGCUGGAGUCUAUUGUAUUUUUUUUAACGGCAAAAGCCCAAGGUUGUCCCGAGCGGCGAGGGUGGCUUUUGAAUUCAGCCAAAACCAUAACUUAAAAUCCAAUUGUCUUCUCACCGAAAUUUAAAUAGCUUACAAAAGAAAUAUACAAUGUUAAAAUAGAAUGCAGGACAAUGCACGUUGAACUAGUUGGUUUGUCGUCACCCUUGAAAAAAAAUAGCUUGCAGAGAAAGGAAAAAAUUCACACAGUUUACAUAAAUUAUAAAGUGCCAACAUGUAUUAAAGAAUAGCAUUUCUCGCCUACUUAAUUGCCAUGUUUACAGCGCAAGAGCUCCCGAGAAAUUGGACCAAGUCUGUCAUUCGCUUUCGAUUGUUUAAAUUUGAGAAAAACUUAGCACAAACGUUUGCGGUUAGUAUUAAAUUUUAAAUCUAAAUCCCAAUUUGGAGUGGUCGUUACCCUCGAGAAGAUAAUUUUGUGGCGGAUGCUUAUAUAUUUUGCAUAAGAUCUAUUUCUUAGAGCAACAUGAAAAUAUGCCGAAAAGAUUGGCUGCGGUUUUCUACCCCAAGGAGACAACUUCGAGAUAAAAUAUUUUCAUAUCAUAGACGUUGCUGUAUUUAAAAAUCAGAAUGGUAAGGUAAAACAAAACAAUCCGGUUAAAUCCAUCGAAGUUAUUACGCAUUUUUACUGCAUUUUAUAGUGGUAGUUUAAUAUUAUUGUGUUCGCUUUUGCCCCUUAGAUAAUGUAAAGAUCCUCAAGAGAGGAUUUUUUCAAAACUGGACAUUUUCAUGCUGUUAUACACUAUGUAUUUCCAUCCAGACAAAGCCGGGUCAAAUAUUCUGAACAUAUAGCGUGAUCGAUCGACAAGGGACUAAAAGACAAACAAGCAAAAAAAGUCUAUUGUAUUCUUUUUCAACACCAAUUUUACAUAAUAACAAUUAGGGUAAACAUGGGAUACCUUAUUUCGAUGUGUUUCUCUCAGCUUGUUUUAGUUCCAGAAUUUUUUAAUGACGAAAAUUAGCAACAGAGCGCAUCGCUGGAUAACACUGAAGGGUCGUUUGUAAAGUUUGCGAGAACUUUUUUUAUAGCCUUCUUUAUAAAGCGUUUAGAUUUGUUUUCCAAAAAGUAUCAAAAUUGCACGAACCCAAAGGGUGGGAUCAAAGCUCCGUAUUAGUUUUUGUAUCAAACGAUCUUCUCCGGUUGAUGAUAACUUAACAUUCAGUGUCAAAUUGGACUCGUUUAAACAAGGCACGGUUUCCAGGUAUUUGUUUUUAAGUAUUUUUUUAUUUCUCACAGUUCCGUUAUCGAGUAGUUGCACUUCGAGCUACGAUUUUCCUCGCAUUCAACUUAUUUCUUCUUUUAUUAUCUCUAACUGUUCAAGCCAGAAAGCUGAUGGAAAUUUCAAAUACAUAUUUUGGGGAGUGAUUAAAAUUGGUGAAGAAAGGAGAAGGUAAAAUGAUUAAAAACGUAUGUACGGAGAUUUUACCAAUUCACAGAAAAAAAAAAGAAUUCAAAAUACCAUUGGCAAACGUAAGAUUGCUAGGUGGAUCACCUUGACAAGUGUUUGGCCUUGGGCCUCAAAUCAAGAUCAAAAAAAAUUAUUUUUUAACCCAGAGAAAAAAAUGGUCGAUAUUUAGUGAAACUUGCUGAAGAAGCGUUGUUUCAAUACCGCCUUAUAGCAUUCUUUGCUCAUUACAAAAUCAAAACUGAGAGUUUCAAGACAAUGUUCACUAUAACUAGGUUUCGUUAUAUCAAGGUUCUUUUCCAUAAAUUUUACUAUGGGGAAAAGGAAAUUGUUCGUUAGAGGCUUGUUAUACCGAAGUUCCACUGCCGGGAUGCAUUUUUAAAAUAUUAUAUACAUGUAUUUCUCACACUGAGAUAAAAUAUUGUACCAAAGGAAAACCAACAAAAAGAGUGAGUAAAGUUUGAAACCGGUCAAAUUUUUAGCUUCGCGCAAAUAACAACUCCCAACAUGAGUUGUUGCGUCCGUUUGCACGUUGCUUAAGAUUAAAUCAAGUGAACCAACCGUGUACAGCAGAAUGCCUGCAGCCGACACUAAGCUUGGGAAAAACACGUCUGAAAAUUGGUUUGGGUUUUGCUUCUGACUGGUUAAAAAAACAAAAAAAACAAAGAAGGGGGAUUCUUAAGUCAAUCACGGAGCAAAGAAAUGCGAGACCUAAGAAGCCGCGAAAUUAUUUUUGAAGCUAAUUUGAAAACCACUCUGAAUCUAAAAGAAGAUGUGUUUAUGCUGAAUUUUUUUUAAUAUCUCUACAGAUUAUCAAGAUGACUGAAACAAGGAGUUGAAUAUUACCCUUCAGGAAAGCAUGAGUUGAGCUCGAUGAGCACUGCAGCUGGGGUCUCUUCACAAAAUGAGUCGCUUGAAGAUACGAUGGGUUCUAACACGCGUAGCUCUAAUUAUGACCGUUUUAUUACUUUUUCAAUUUGUCAGUCAGCUUGGGUUGAUGAAGAUGCGAGGUCCGGACUGCGUGGAGAAUCAAAAAGUCUUCAACGAAUUUGCCAGGAUCAGGGAAAAUCCAGAGAGAUUCGUUGAAAACGUUGCACAAGUGAAAACUAACACAGACUUCAUAAAAAUAGCUAAAAAUAUGAAACAAUCUGAUUCCAAGAGCGCCAAAGACUUGCAGAACAUAGUUGGCAAUUUAAAACGCUUAGCCUUGGAGCUUUCCGAGACAAGACGGACCUUGAUUAGGUCUGCCUUGCAAUAUCAUCGUGUUGGACAACAUAUUGAAUCUUUAAAUGAUAUAAUCGAAUCUUUGGGUGGAGAAAGUUUUUCUCAACAUGAUGCAAACGUCCCUGUAGGAAAAUCCUCACUAAAAAAUUCUGCUUCUUCUUCUAAAAAAGAGGUUUGUCCUGAGAAGUUUAUGGGUAAAAGUUUAGCUUAUGGAUAUCCUUAUUUCAGAAAAGGAUUCCAGCGAGUCAACUGUGCAGAGUUUGUCCCAAUUCACUUACUCGUCACGGUACUUUUAGUCUUACCCGAAGAAUUGUCCGACAAAAAACAAUUUCAGUUUUUUCAAGGCGUCGCACAAUAUUAUCCAGGCGUAAGUAUUUUUAUUGCAUCUACGAGAAAGUUCCCCGUCGAAACUUUGGCGAAACUGAAUUUAAACAUUAAGAAUGUGGUCUUCGCAGAACUCACGCAUGGGGAGACGUGGACCAAGCUACUACAGGAAGUCACCACGCCCUACGUACUUCUUGCUUCUGAUGUAACUCACUUUGAUGAUGACGUAGAUCUUGAACGCCUCGUGCGCGUGCUUAGUGACAACAAAAAUGCAGUUGUUGCCGGGGGGAGCCUUCGAAAUCAGGAGGGGGAAUGGGACAUUGGCUGUCUUCAAGUUACAUUUAGGAAUUGGACUGCCUACUUUAGGGGUGGUUAUUACCACUCUUUUUCCGAGUGUGUUGUGUGCGAUGUGCUGUGUGGUCCUUUUAUGGCCAAAACCGAGGAGCUACGGAAAAUUGGAUUAGACGAAAAGUAAGUAUACCACUAAAUAUAUUCAAAUCUCGAAGCAUUUGAGCGUUGUUAUGUGGCUGAGCGGUUGGGGUAGGAGGGGUUGUUUCUAAAACUUCGUUUAUAUUAAAGCCUUUGGUUCAUACAAUUUCGUAAGGAGUUUUGGGUGAGCCUUUACCUGGGGGGUUGAAGAGGGGGGUAUGAAUAGAUGGGCCUGUAAUCGGGGGUUGUACUGUAUGUCUAAAGUCCCGUAUCAGGGUGAAUAUUUUUCCCUCGUAUGGCGAGAGGGUUAUGAAUCUGAAAUUUAGCCUUAUAAUCGAACACAUUUAACAGCAUUUAGCAACUCUAUCUGUUCUCGACUAAGAACCAACAAUUCCUACUAUAUCCCAGGAUGAAUGUUUUCUAAGGACUCUAAUAUAUCAUGCUUUAUUGUGUGCUAAAACGUGAUUUCCCCUAAACGUUUCGCGUGAUUAAUUUUCCUGUAAGCGAUCCAUGCAAUCUGCACUAUAUAUGGAAUGCCUGAUAUGGCAUUAUGUAUAAAACUAUACCUCCUCAAUAUUACCUUUUGUGUUGGGGCAAUAUUUUGAAAUCAGGAACUUCAGAAUUCAGUUUUAUGACCGAUUGCAGUUAUUGCCACGAGAUGCUCCCUUCGAGGUAGAAAUUGCAGAUUUUGGUCUCAAAGCCAAUCUUUUUACCCAUGAAACUUGGUUAGUAUAAAGCGCAAAGAAAAUUAAAGUAACAACAGCAAUAAUAAGAAACAAAUACUGUCAGAUGGUCUCCUUUAGGAGUCAAAUAAUGUUUAAGUCACUCUCAGAUUGUCUUUUAUAUGUGUGUCCCCCUGGCUCCUCUGCUAUUAUCGAAAUGUUUCAUUGUAUUUGUUUCUUGAUUAGACCACUUAUCUAUUGGAGUUCUCGUUUUUUCCAUAGCUUACAUUUUGGCGUCUUCCAAGACAUUUUCUGGCGUCUAAAAACUCAUUACCCGGAGAAGAUAGUCGUCAGCUGUCCUGACGUCAUGUUCAAUACGUAUUUCCGGGAAAUCCCGGAUAAACGAUAUGUAGAUUUGGCCAGAAAAUGGGACGUGAAGAAAUGGGUCGAGUCUAGUGGCAGAGUCCGCUGGUAUGGCUGCAGGCGUGGCCACUCUCACACCAGCUCAGACACGUGCAGCUUUAACUCCGGAAUCGGGGUUCCCCCAUGUGAUUUGGAAAAUCUUGCAGAUGCCAUCAAAUUUGUUAUGAAGGAGUGUGAAGAUGCUGGUUUGUUCUGCGAGUUUCAAGAAGGAACUUUAUUAGGUAAUUUCAAUUUCCUCUGCUUGGCAGGUGCCAGCUCCUGUGUUGGGUCUUUAAUGAAAUGUAAUUUUCCAAUUGCACCUCAAGGCACCGUGAUAUCCUGAUACAUUGCAAACAUUAAGUAAAAGAAAUCAGCAAUAUCGAGUAGCAAAGGAAAGCCGUUAUUAGUAAAAAAUCGUCAUACUUGCUAAUCGUUUUUAACAAAGAAAACAAACAACAAGAUUUCUUUCGCAACUGCAGGUUUUCGACAUGAACAGUUUGAGGAUCAGGGGGUUCCACAAAAUUCCUCGGUCUAUCAUUAUUGUUAUCAUCAUCAUUAUUAUUCCAGGCGUAGUUGGCACAAACAUAUGUCUGUGGCCUCCCGUACCAAAUUUCUUUGAAGAACAGUGCACUCAAACCACCCACAAUACCUUUCGGGAUUGUCGCCUUCACCUUUAGUGACAAAAAACAGCCGAAGAGCUUAUGGGAUAGUAUCGGAGUGAAGUUACAAGAACUGAACCAGAAUUCGAGUUAUCGGGGUAAAUUUCAGUGAAGUUUGGGAAAUUCAGUAAAUUUCACCUGAGUUAGCGGGAAAUUUCAAAUUAACCCAGUGAAAAUGACUGAAAAGUGAGGUGAAAUCCAAGGGAAAUUGGACUUAGACUAGUUCGAGUUAGCGGGGUUCUACUGUAUUACUAUAUGCAUGCAUUAUAGAAUGAUUUUACUUGACCCGUGAAACAGGUAGAAGAAUAUUACGCGCUAUUAUGCAUUAAUUCCAUUGUAUUCUUUUGUUUACUUGUAGCCAUUUUGCACUGGUUGUUAUUCUUUGUUUCACGGGCCGAGUAAAAUCACUAUAUUACAAGUAAAAUUUGUUAAUUUGCUAAUAAUAGGUAUAUUUAUAAACGAACUAAAAUUUAUUAAUUUACUAUACUGUUCCAUUGUCCAUUAUCUAUAAAAAUGGAACAGUAUUGGAAAUAGAAUAAUUUUUAGUCUGUUUAUAAAUAUAUUUAUUAUUAGCUUAUUAAGUUGUUAUUCUUCUUCUUCUUCUUCUUCUUCUUAUUAUGAGUAUUAGUAUUAUUAUUAUAUAACUACUACUAGUUAUUUCAUUUAGUUAUUUUAACUCUUUCUACAAUUUCCGGAUUUUAGGUGCUGUCAAAUUCAAUAAAGUGCUGCCAUGGGAACGUGAUGCCGACAUCACCUUUCUAACAGGCAAUUACACGGCGUUUAAACAGCUUCGAUCGAAAUUCAUGGCAGCUGGUUACAGCCUAAGCGACGAUGACGGCUCGUUGUGGUGCUGCGUAGACGGGCGUCAGGCUGGUGGUAAGUUUCGUGUAGGUACAACCCGCUGGACGUUGGAACUGUAUGGCCAACACUUGAUGGAAUCAGAGGCUCUUGUAGCGAGCGGUCGCAAGCCUACUAAAGUGCAAUUUGCCGGGCAGUGGGUGACGGUUAUGCGCAAUCCGGGGCUUUUUGCUCGUAACCGAUAUGGACCCAGUAUGUACCGACACGCAGAACACUGGAUGGAUACGGGGCAAGACACUGGAUGGGCAUUUUACCGUCCGAGCAACUUCAAAAAAUGUCCCGAGCCAGGUCACUCUGCGUGUCUUGACCAGUUCCCUGCAGAUGGCAACCUUCAGUUUAGUGACUACCCUCUUAUUUGAGUUUCUAACUAAUGUUCAGUCUUGUUUAAUACACGUUCACGGGUUCCUAAUUGGUAACUUAUACCAGUGGCAAAGGACUUGCUUAACAUGUCAAAUCUGUUCACGAACUGUUUUUGUAUUAUUCCAGUUUAGCACAGUCGUAAAUACGCGUGAAGAGGACAAAAAACAAACCAACGAACAUGCAAGAAUGAAAGAAAAUCUAUUGUUAUAAGAAACGCAGAGUGUGGAAUACUAUUUUACAAGGCUAAAUAGUUAAAAGAAUUAAAGCCUAAACGUUUACGACCAAUUAAGUGACCUUCAGGGUCAUCUUUUGAGCAGCUUAAGUUUCAACUUCAAGAACACCGAACGUUUGUGAGGACCCGUCCUAAAUUGUCUCUUUUUAGGUAUUUUAUAAGGAGACAGUCGUUGAGAUAUCGUAGCCUACAAAGUAGGCUUAUUCUGCAGUGCGGGCGAUGCUACUAUUCUUGGGACUAAUGCUCUCCCACCAUCUUGGACGUUGAAACUAACAGAGAGUUGGGACGAGUCAAAGAAUGAUGUAACCGUCCUCCCCACUUGAUUUUUUAUAUGCUUACAAGGUGGCAGCCGCGAUAAACGUAAGGAGCUUUCGUUAAAAAACCCUCUCCUCUGCCGGCUAAAAAUACUCCAUCAUCUAUUCUUUGGCGAACAGUAACCUUAAGUUAUUAUUAUCCCUUGGUUACGCUAUGCAGCGACGCAUUAACAGGAGACCUAAAGCUAAUUUUCUUUUCGUUUAUUUGUUUAAUUGCAAUAAGACGUUAUUUCAACUUUCGUUCUAAG